GUCGUUUCAGCAUUAUCAUGCCUCCUAAAAAAACUACUCGAGGUCAAAAGAAAAAACAAAAUGUUAUCCCUAUUGACGAAGACGAAAUCAGCGAUCCUUCAAGUAACUUUUCGUCUUUUACUGUUAUUGUAAAAAACUAUGCCAUAUUCUUAAUUUUCUUUCUAGUUCCAAAAGAAAAUCAAGAACCGGAAACGGAUCUAAAUAAAAAACCUUCAACUAAAAGACGAGGUCGAAAAAGGAAGGAUCCUGUUAACGAUAACAAAUCUACAAAUGAUGCCGAUCGACAAACUGUAUCACCAAAUACCAAAACUGUGGCAUCAACUUCCAAGACUACCACGAAACGCAGGCGUACAACAGCUGCUAUCAAUGAAAUUUUAAAUGAAGACGUUGGCAUUAGAGAACCAGCUGCUACCGCCAUUGCUGAACUAACUCCGAUAAAUAAACUUUUAGAAUUAAGCGAUGAUGAUGUUCUUUCAGAAGAUGAAGUUCAGUUUAAUAAAAAUAGUGCAGAUAUCGAACGUGAACCUCUAACACCGAUUACAAAUGAUAGUAAUAGAAUUUAUAACAAUAUACUAUUAGAUGGGAUGGAUGAAUCCGGAAAUGUUGAUAGAAUUCGUAAUAAUGACUCAUAUCGAUCAAAUGAAAUACAUGAACCUCGCUAUCGUUUACAUUAUAAUACUACACCUGGUCCUAAUCAUCCUAGAGAGUUUAAUGAUGAUGUUUUUCGUCUGAAUCCACAAAAAGUGUUUCAUUUGAAUACACCUUUUUUUACUAAUGAUCAUAGUGAUGCUCGUUCGACCUUCCAAACAUCAGAAUCCACACUUCCAGCAUCAUUUUGCGAUAUGGGAAACAUUAAUCAAAUCUGUUCAUGGUUAUGUGCAAACCAGAGCAUCUUACUACUUGCUUAUAAUCUUUAUUUGUCGAUGCAAACACCAGUUGCAACCUCAUUCAACUUGGUUACACCAAACGUUAAUUCAGCAACAUUAGCAACCGGUAUACUACAAGCGUUAAGGCAAGAGGACAGAGUAAAUACAACAAUCAUUUAUUUUGUCAUUAGUUCUUGUUGCUAUUGUUUAAUAACUUGCAUAAUUCAGACGAAAGCCAAUCGAGACUUUUUAGAAGAAUUGAAAUGCCUAUUUCUUCGCGCUCGAGGUCCUGAAAAGAGCGCUUUCGAAGAAUUGGUCCGGCAAGUUUUUAACUAUGAUCUUAACUCUGCGGAAGGUAUCAAGUGUUUGCGUGCGGCCAGUAGGAAUUUCAGUGACUUUCGCAAUAAAUUUCUUGAUAAUAUUGAGGAAGCAGUCACUAUAUUUAAGAAAAAGAGAGUUGAAGAAAAUGAAAACAUCCGUCAUUUGGAGGGGCAUGAGAUAAAUUUAUUCAUCAAUGAAAACUUAAUGUUAAAUAUUUUGCAAAGAUGGUUAAGCGCAACAAACAUGACCGAGUUAAAGGCUAACCAUUCUUUGCGGACUUUACAAAAGUUUGUUCAAAGGGCAUUUGUUGUAAAUUAUAAUUCUAGAGAUGUUGAUGCAACGAAGGCUUUGGAUAAAAUGACAAAAAAUAUAGCAGUUCCGUCAAGAAACGGCAAGAACAUUGCCAGCAGAUUGCAAUUGUGA